AUGAAGCCGGCGCGGCUGCUGCUGCUGCUGAGCGGGUGCGCGCUGCUGCUGGCGCCGGCCGUGCGCGGCUGCGGGCCGGGCAGGGUGGUGGGCAGCCGCCGCCGCCCGCCCCGCAAGCUCAUCCCACUCGCCUACAAGCAGUUCAGCCCCAACGUCCCCGAGAAGACGCUGGGGGCUAGCGGCCGCUACGAGGGCAAAAUCGCGCGUAACUCGGAGCGCUUCAAGGAGCUGACGCCCAACUAUAACCCCGACAUCAUCUUCAAGGACGAGGAGAACACUGGCGCCGACCGGCUCAUGACCCAGCGCUGCAAGGACCGCCUGAACUCGCUGGCCAUCUCUGUCAUGAAUCAGUGGCCAGGGGUGAAGCUGAGAGUGACGGAGGGCUGGGAUGAGGACGGGCACCACUCGGAAGAGUCACUGCAUUAUGAGGGCCGAGCUGUGGACAUCACAACCUCGGAUAGGGACCGCAACAAGUAUGGCAUGCUGGCCCGCCUGGCUGUGGAGGCUGGCUUCGACUGGGUCUACUAUGAGUCCAAGGCACACAUCCACUGCUCUGUCAAGUCAGAGCACUCAGCCGCUGCGAAGACGGGGGGCUGCUUUCCCGGGCGGGCACUGGCAACGCUGGAGGACGGUGCCCAGACGCCACUGUGGGCACUGCGCCCGGGCCAGCGAGUGCUGGCAAUGGACGGGGCAGGCAGGCCCACCUACAGUGACUUCUUGGCUUUCCUGGACAAGGAGCCCCGUGCCCUCACCACCUUCCACGUCAUCGAGACCCAGGAGCCGCCCCGGCGCCUGGUGCUGACGCCCACCCACCUGCUCUUUGUGGCAGAGAACGCGUCGGCGCCCACCGCCCACUUCCGUCCCAUCUUUGCCAGCCUCGUGACCCCGGGACACUUCGUGCUGGUGGUGGCCGGGGGGGGCAGCUUGCAGCCCGCUGAAGUGGUGCGGGUGCGGCACCAGAGAGAUGUGGGAGCCUACGCCCCGCUGACACGCCAUGGGACACUGGUGGUGGACGGUGUGGUAGCCUCGUGCUUCGCUCUGGUGCAGGAGCAGCAGCUGGCACAGCUGGUCUUCUGGCCACUCCGACUCUACCACAGCCUGGUGGGGUGGCCAGGGGUGCAGGGGGACGGUGUGCACUGGUACUCAGGGCUGCUCUACCGCCUGGGCAGGCUGCUCCUGCCCCCUGACAGCUUCCACCCACUGGGAAUAUCCCAUGCAGAGAGCUGA